AUGACGAUAGUAUGCAGUACCGGUGUUAAGAGCUGCUGUCGAGAAAUCAAGUCUGGUGAAGAAUCUAUAAGCAAGCUUCAAGAACUUGGGGUCACAGCUACACUUGAUACUAUCAAGGUGGACGUUGAAGACGACGAUACCAUUGCUGCUGCCGCCGAGGUCGUCCGUACCAAGUACCGGAAGCUCGAUGUCUUGAUUAACAACGCAGCUCAGAUGACUUUCGCGUCUUCAUCAGAACUCUCGGAGCAAAGCGAGGAUAUGGACAAGACGCUGGACAAGAAAAUCACUUUCUGGAUGGUCAGCCCGGGAUUCACCAAAACAGCAUUCAACAAUUUCAGAGGCACAAAAGAUCCCGUAGAUAGCGCGGAAGUCGUGAUGAGGCUUCUGGAGUCAGAACAGGGCGAGAUUCCACCUGGGACGUUCUGGGAGUAUGAGCACGAGUCGUUCAGGGCCGUGCCAUGGUGA